AUGGCACAAGUUAUUACACAUCCAAUCUUUAACUAUAACAAGGAUGUUUUGAAAGAGAAUGAUAAAAGCAUGUGGGCGCACGUCAUACAUAGAGCAGGCGAACUCCCAUCAAAAAAGUUCGAUACGGCAUUUAGAUACGAAAUUGUUGAAGUUAGUUACGGAAAUAUCACCAAGAUGAGAGGUAGGGAGUUUUUUGAAAAGUUAGAAAAGGGUCAUAGUAGUACACGGAUUUUCUUAGUCCCUUCCUUCUACCAUGGACUUUACGGGGAUUGUUUAAGUCCAGAGCCAAUAGUCGGGUACUUUUUCUUUAAAGACCAAUACUUCCGCGUCGCAAAAGUUUAUUUCUUGGAGGUAGGAACUGAUAUCGUUAUUAGUCUCGAGAAUGGUGUCUUCGACGCUGAUGUCCCUGAUAAGUUGGUAUACCUUUCCACUGUUCGUCAGUUAUUUCCUCCUGGUACUAAUUGGUAUUUAAAGCAAUCGUUUCGCAUAUUUAUUUUUUCUAUGGAAUCAAAAAUCGGAGAAUGGGGAAGCGAAUAUCAUCCACCCGCCGAAGAGGCUUGUCAAGACGUCCGCGAAGAGAUUGCUAAACUAAAUAAAAUCGAGACGUUCUUGAACUUAGCCCCGCAGAUCUUGUCAAAGAACAUAAAGAUCUCUGAAGAGUUUAACGAGCAGGAUUCCAAAGAUAGAAUGGAACUUCUCCAUAGCGUGAUCGUAGAGGCAAAGAAAAAAAUUCACCACGCUAAAAAUAUUCUCUUUCGUCGCAUUUACCCUGGCCUACCACCAACGUUAUUUGCCAUGUUGCUGGGCAUUAUACAAACGUGUAUGAAACUGCUCUCACCUGUACUGAACAUCCUCUUUCAAAUAAAUACCAUAAAGAAUCCCACCAUAUCUUGCUGA